AUGAAAAUUUCCAUUCCCCCUCCCCCCGUAAGACGCACCUACGAAGAUGCCCUGGCCGCUCUCCAGACGCUCCAAUUGAAUAGUGCCAUUCGAACUGCAAUCGCCGACGCGCCACAAGAUACAGAUCCAAAUCGCAGGGCGAUUCCAGAGAUGCUAGAAUGGGCGCGGAAGGCAGGCUAUGAAGCUGCAGAGCUGGGGAAUCAAGGCCAGAGAUACAUACACGUUGCGGGAACAAACGGGAAGGGGAGCGUGUGUGUGAUGGUUGAGAAUAUACUGUUGCAGUACCGCAGAGCAGAGGUCGAGGGGCUCAAGGAGGCGCGUGUAGGCAAGAUCGGCUUAUACACCUCCCCACAUCUCGUCACAGUCCGGGAAAGAAUAAGGAUCGAUGGAGUCUCUAUAUCGGAAAGCCUCUUCACCCACUAUUUCUACGAACUCUGGGAUCGUUUCGAGACAGCUGCUUCCAAUGGCAAGAAUCACGAUACUGGGGAAACUCAGCCGGGGUAUUUUCGCUAUUUAACAUUGCUGGCAAUUCAUGUAUUCAGACAAGAGGGUGUAAAAACGGCCAUCAUGGAGUGUGGUAUUGGAGGGGAGUACGAUAGCACCAACAUACUACCCGCCAACGCGGUCGCUGUGAGCGCCAUCACGAGGCUGGGAAUUGAUCAUACAUCAAUGCUUGGGGGGACGAUCGAGGAGAUUGCAUGGCAUAAGGGCGGCAUCAUGAAGGAGGGUGUACCGGUGUUUACCAUGGAUCAGCCCUCGGAAGCCCUAGGUGUGCUCGAGGAACGCGCCGCGGAAACAGGCAUGGAGUUGAAUGUCGUUCACAGGCUGCCUGUAUUGGAAACGGCCGAUUUCUUUUUGGGAUUGCUUGGGGAUUUUCAAUCCGACAAUGCCAGUCUGGCAACCGCCGUCGCAGCAUCAUAUUUACGAGGUAUAGGGGAUACGGAGGGCAUUCCUCUCCACCAAGAGCUCGGCAAUCUCGUAACAGUGCUGCCACAACAGUUUGAGCACGGAUUGGAAACAGUGACUUGGCCCGGGAGAUGUGAAAUACGCAAAGAUGGAAACAUCGAAUGGUUCCUCGACGGUGCCCACACGAUAGAGAGUAUGGAAGCAGUAGGCCGCUGGUUUCGUACCAAAAUGGACGAGGCACAUCUCGAAGAACAGCCUCCAACAGCAACCAUGCUUAUCUUCAACCAAGACGAACGCGACGGACAGGCACUAUUGCAAAAGUUGCUACUGACAAUGGUCUCUUUCGAGCCUCCGGCUUCCGAUAUACGGGAAGCCCAAAAUAUACGGCCAAUAAAGCCGAUCAGGUACCUACAAUUGUUCACGUAUGCGGCUUUCUGUACCAAUGAGCCUUUCACUGCCACCAAUGAGGGGAAGAAUGUGAACCUGAAGCUCCAGGAGGGGAUGGCAAUGUUGUACCAAGGACUGGACGGCAACGCUUUGCACAUGGUUUAUGGCAGCGUCGAAGAGGCGGUACGUCUCGCAAUGCGGGUCUCGGAGGGAGAUGAGAGAGUCCUUGUGCUCGUCACAGGCAGCUUGCACUUGGUUGGUGGGCUAUUGCAGGUGCUUGAAAGGGGCAAAGAGUUUUUAGUUGAAGAGCCCUGCGAUGACGAGCAAGAUCUUGAUUGA